AUGGCUGGUGGUCCACCUGCAGGGCCUCCUCCUGGUGGACCUCCUGCUGGUCCUCCUGGCGGUGAAUUCGCCGAGGCUGCCUAUGAUUAUGCUAAACAACAGCCUACUGACUUGGGUCUUCGCAAAGGUGAUCAUAUUGUCGUUUUGGAGAAAUUGAAUGCCGACUGGUGGAGAGGUCGUAAUACCAGUACUAGUGAAGAGGGUAUUUUCCCCAGUAACUACGUUCAUCUCACUCACGGUGGUCCUUCUCCUCCUUCUGCAUCUUACAAUGAGAAGAACGCAUACACCCCUCCUCCUAAUCCUCAGUACUACAACUCUGGUCCUUCAGGCCAGGCUCCUUAUAACGCCCCUCCUCCUUCUCAAAGCGCUCCUCCAUACUUUCCUCCUCCUAGCACCAACUAUUAUCCUCAACAGCAGCAGCAGCCUCAGCCCGUGGUUGUCCAACAACCACCACCAGCCCAAGGCAGCCACCACGGCUCAGAUGCAUUCAAGAAGUUCGGCAGCAAGCUCGGAAACGCUGCUAUCUUCGGUGCUGGUGCUACCAUUGGUUCCGAUAUCGUCAACUCCAUUUUUUAA